AUGUCUCUCUUCGAGGAAAGUGACUAUGAAAAGAAACGAAAUAUUGCAAUUGCAACAAACCAGGAGAUGUUCGCCAGCCUUUUUCCUGAAGGAGUUCGAUCUUUGUACCCGCCACCACUAACUCCUUCGCAGCCUUCGAUCAAGAAGAACAAUGUGGAGCGUAGACAAUCCAAAGUUCCAUUACCCAGAAGACGACUUCCUAAACGUCAGUGUAGAUCUUUUGUCGGAAAAUAUGACUCAGAGAAAGGUGACGACGAAGAAGACAUUGAGGUAGAAGAUGUUCGCUCUCCAAACACUCUUAAAAUUAAGUUGUGGCCUUCGCGCAAGUCCAAGUUGCCAGGUUCAUCUGGAAGCGAGGAUUCAGACAAUUCACCGAAGCGAAAGCGACCGGCUCCAAAACGACCACCCAUGCUUCCUGUCGAAAUUACCGAAGACGAUUUAAUUCUGGUGGCAGAACGUGUGUGUGACAAAAAUUAUGAUCAGACGAAUGGAACCUCGUGUCAUCAGUGCCGUCAAAAAACGGACGAUUUAAAGACAGUAUGUCGUAGCUCGAGUUGUAUUGGAAUACGUGGGCAAUUCUGCGGACCUUGCCUCAAGAAUCGGUACGGGGAAGACGCUAAGAAAGCCCUGAUGGAUCUUAAGUGGCAGUGCCCUCCGUGUCGCGGAAUUUGCAACUGUAGCUUUUGUAUGAAGAAACGAGGUCGAAGAUGCACUGGUAUCAUGAUCCAUCUAGCCAGAGAGCGCGGAUUCAAAGAUGUGAAGUCCUUCUUAGGUGAUUGACAUUGACUAAGCGAUUAACUUAAAUAUUCAGAUUAGCUAUUUUUCGUUUUACAGUGAAAUUUUUGUCUGGAAGAUUCCUUUCUACUUUUAACUGAACUGAUUGCUACAAAUUUCGUUUGCAUUGAAUUUAUUUUCUGAGAAAUUGGAGGCUGAGAAUUAAAAUUAUUAGUGUGUAAAUCAAUCUCCCUGGAUGAUACGCUCAAUAUUUCUGCGAGAACUUACCAGUACUAUUCAUUUUUAACUAUGAUAUAUUUUAUAUACGAUAUAGCAAACUUGAUGGUUUAAUUUACAUUUAUCUACGCAUUGGACAUAGCAGUAUAAAGUCAAGAAUUGCUUGUGUUGGAAAUUAUUCUUACCCAGUUUACGAAGUGAAUACAUAGCCAUUGUUAACUGUAAGACUAGAUGUCUAGUGCAUGGUUAAAGUACGUUUCUUAGUUUUAUGGCUAUUGCAUAUAACUGUGCCAAAGGAGCACUUGAGUAUGCUCUUGUUGUGUUUGUAGACUUCUCUCAUUCUCAACAAAAACAAAUAGAAGCUCACUGGCCUUUAUUGAUUGUAAUUUGAAAUUUAGGAAAUGGUUAGAUCACUCAGGUUGUCAUUAACCUUGCAAAGGAAUGUUUUGUCUGUUGUGGUGUUAAUGGCUAAACCCUCCAGACCUCCUCUUGUCAAGGGCACUAAAAUGAUUAGAUAAGGCUUACAAUGGAGAAAGUGUACUCUUGAGACACACCAAAGAUAAUGGUGUAAAACUACCCAAACGUUGAAGUCAGUUAGGAGGUUGUGAUGCUCCUUAAAUCCAGAGCCAUUUUUGAAAGUAAUGUGUGUUUUUAAGAACUGAUAUAAUUGAGUGAAAAAUAAGCCCUGCUUUGAGGAUGGUGUUUCUAAGGCUAUUCUGAGAGACCUUUGAGAUCUAUCCCAAGCUAAAUGUGUGAUGGCAGGAUUUCCUUUUGGGGAAUGUACAGAACUGCUGCAUGUGCCGGAAUGUAAUUUUUGGUGUAAGAGAUUUGGAAUUCAGGGAAACCUGAUCUAGAUAUUUAUUUGCAGAUAUUUUUUUGGCAAAAUUCUUGUAAUUCAGGUUACAAGCAUAAAAGAACAGUAAAAAAAGUUACCAAUUUAUACCUUGUAUUACAGUUAAUGAACAAUUAAUUUUCAAUAAAGAAGUUCAGUUGUUGAGUCUGGCAGGAGGAGAAAACCUAGUACAAAAUCUUUAUAGGUUGGUUUCUCUGUUUUAGCAUGAGAUUCCUUCUUAAUCCACUCACUAUUGGAUGUUUCAUAUAUUUUGAUAAGAGAAAUUGUAGCUUAAAGCAACCCUCCAGUAUUAGUACUAAUUACUAUUUUAUCAAGCACCAAUGAUGAAGUGAAAUGAGAAGAAAUGAGAGAGAAACUUCUAUGUCAAGGUGAGAUCCUGAAAACAGUUUGAUUAUGAAAACCUAAUAAGUUUGAAGAAUGACUUCCCUGCCAUCCAUGUCAAUGUUGACUUGUGUUUUGUGAUUUCAACAAGUAUAUAACUCAACGAUAGCAGCUAAUUGUGAUUCACAAUUAAAACGGUCAUCCAUAUUAAUGCACACUUGCUAUACACAUGCAUUUAUGUACAGAACAAGUGCCUAUGAGAUAUCUCCAAAAUUAAGGAUACUUGCACUGAGAGUUUAACCCCAGUCGCUGUUGCUUUGCAAGAGUAAAUGAAGAAACAAAAACUCCCAGUGCCAGGCCUUUGACAAAAAAUUAGUCUCAUCCCAACACAGAAUUACUUUUCACAUAGCUUUAGGAUAAUUAAUCUACUUGCUCAUAUCAUCAAUCAUUCAACUGUUCAUUGGAGCUUUAGUGCAAUUAAUCUCCCUUGCAGCUGUUGCUGGUGCUUGUCUCUAAAUGUCUCCUUUCCUCCACCCACAACUAUUGUAGAGAAGGAACCUGGAAUGAUACUUUCGAGCUAGAUAAUAAAACAGAGUGAAAUUAAUUUAAGUAACAUAGUAUACAACAACUCCUUUCGAAGGAGUAUAACUGUGAUAAAAAUACAACCUGAUUUUACUGGUAACCUCAGUAUUUCCAUUGGUGUUUUCUAUUCAUAAUUUGACAUAAAUUCUUAUAAUUUAAAGGCUCAAAAUUUAAUGAUUGAUAGUUCAUUUGCACUCCUUUCACACAGGUGGUAACAUCAACUCUGAGUUUUCAUGACUGUUGUCAGUCUUCAUUUGUCACAUAAUUUUACGAUCAAGGAUUGAGUGAUAAGUCAAAGGACAUCAAGAAAAGUUUCACAUUCACAGGAGGGUUGGGCAGACUUGGGCAUAAACAUAUAUAAACAGAAGAGGAAAAGAAAAAGUUAAUUUUUGUGCAGGCUGUUUACAAAUUCUGACACAUGCAAAUCCCUGUCAAGAAUAUAGAAGUAAAUCCUAGGCAUCACUACAUUUCACAUUUCAAGCGACUUUCAAAAGACCAUAAAAAAUAUGAAAGCCACUCUACUAAUCCCAACUGGAGUUGCUUAGCUUUUCACUUUUCUGGAAAAACAAAUAUAUUUUCAGUCAUAAAACAAGUUACAAAACGUAAAUAUCGUUCCUCUUGAUGCCUUUCCCAGUGUCACCGAUGCCUUUCCUGAUGCCUCCGUUGGUUAAUAUAUUGUUACAGUCAAAGCUGUAUGAACAAAGAAUUAUAAUUGUGGGAAAUUGUAGCAAAUGCUGUUGAAAAAAUCAUGCGUGUUUCAUUUUAGUCAUUUUGAACUGAACAAAGAAUUAAAAAUUUAGUCAUAUCUUGGUAGCAAGAUUUCCCUUGCACCCUUCCUAAAACUGGAAAUGUUAGAUGCCUGACGUAUUGAUAAUGGUAAUUUAUUCUACAUAUCCACAGUCCUAUUAAAGACUGUUUUUAAAAGUAGUAGUUCUAGCAUAGUUCUUCUUGAGUGUAGGUUCAUCCCUUUAUCGGUAUCAUCGAUACCUUUCCUGAUGCCUCCGUUGGUUAAUAUAUAGUUACAGUCAAAGCUUUGGGUAAUAUGUCGCAUGCCGUGGUCAUCAUCUGACUUCAAAAUAUGGCUCUCCUCUGAAUUUUUCCCACUUGGUGAUGUUCUUAGCUGUUUGAGACGACCAUACAACAGUACAGUAAUAUAUUUGGGCAGUGAUAUCCUUCAUACCCUUGCAUGUCCUUUUGACAAGACCAAGAAUCUUGUUUGCUUUACCAGUUAUUUUGUCAACAUGGGCAUUACAGGACAACUUGUGACUGGUAAAUAGGCCAAGGUCAGAAAAUUCAGAAGUUCCUCUCGGAUGUGAUUGUCUAUUCGUGAGUCAAAAUGAAGUAUUAUACAUGUUUUUCACCGCUGACCGCUCACAUCUCAGACGAUUUUUCUUUCCGACUUGUCGCCCGUGAUGUACUAACUUACUCUCGCUAAAUUUGAUCAGUACCUUAUUGCACACGUCGAUGUUUUUUACCAUCUUUGUUGUGUAUCGCAGACGAGUGACAGAAACAUUCCUCUGAAGGAGCGUGCCUUUCGUGAUCCUCUACCGUUUCAGAGAUCCUUUAGCAGAUAAUGAGUACAAGAGCUACAUCAACAGCUUUUUCAGACUUUGUUCUGGCAGGUUGUUCACUGUAUGCAGCGUUGAAUGUCCGCGAGGUGUCUGGUUCUGCGGCAUUGGGUAUGGUUUGUGUUGCAAUAGCUGCCUCUCUCGGAGUUCUAAGGUUUGGGGUUGUCUUCCCGAACAUUCAGUCAAAAGUUAUUCAAUUGCAUAAACUUUUAACAUGGAUUGCAGCAGUUUUA